UUAAUAAUCCUAAUCUUCGUUUUGUUAUUAGAAUCUUUGAUUGAGAUCAAUGCGAAUCUUACGAAUGAUUUGAGAGAAAGAGCUAGGACUCUUGCUUAUGAUUGGAAACCGAAUAUAGGUAACAAACCAUCAGAAGCGUUAGGGUUUUUGCAUUUGGUUGCAGCUUUUGAAUUGGGGUCUUUGUUUAGUAUCGAGGAGCUUUGUGAUUACGUUUUCUUGAUCUCUAAGUAUAAACAAGCAACAACGAUCUGUAGGAAGAUUGGUUUAGGUAGAAAUCGAAUCGGACUUCUCGUCCAGAAGUUCUUGGAUACUGGGAGAUUACUUGUUGCUAUCAAAUUCAUUUAUGAGUUUGAGAUGACUGGUGAAUUUGAACCAGUUUCGAUUUUGAAAACUAGUUUGAAGAACUCUAGAGAAGCUGCUAAGAGAGUUUGCGCCGAAGGGAAUUACUCUCUCAAGGCACAGAACGAAGCUACUGAUAAAGAGCUCAGUGCUUUGAGAGCAGUGAUUAAAGUAGUGAAAGAGAAAAACAUUGAGUCUGAGUUUUCUGAAGAGAAACUCGAAGAAUGCGUUAAGGAGUUGGAGGAUCAGAAAGCUCAGAGGAAGCGUGCCACUAAGUUAAACUCACCUGCUAAUCCUCAACAACCACAACAGCAAAAGGUCGAUAAUAAGCGUCCUCGAGUUGCUAAUGGUUCAAGUAUGGAAUAUAGUUUGACAGUCCCACCUCUGAGUCAGCAACAACCUCUUUUGCCUAAUCCUAGCCAGAGUUUACAAGUGAACCCAUAUGGUCUCUUGAGCUCAAUUUUACCUGGUGUUGCUGUCCCAUAUGGCAACCCAUUGGCACUAUAUGGCUCGGUUCCAGCUCCAGCUCCUCGACCAGUCUUUUAUGAGCAGCAAACUGGUUAUGGUGGAUAUGGGAUGCCACCUCAAUACCAACUACCUUACUACCCUCAGUAAAUUUAUUAUACGAAUGCAAGCGCGAUAUUGAGAGGAUUUCUGGUCGAAGAUGUCUAUGGUCAAUGUGUUUUUGAUGUUCUGUAAUGAACAUCAAGUAAAUUUCGAAUUUGACAUAGAUAACACUCGUUAUAGUUGCUGUUAUUGUGAUAAUAUAAGGGCAAAUUGAUCCUUUUUUGCCUUGAUUGUACAGUUUUAUAACCUAACCUUAAUAUUUUGUUAAGUAGUUUAGUUUCCUUGUGGAGGAAUGGUCUUUAUGGUUUGAUCUUACAUUUGUUUUCCUUGAUUUGGUUGGUAAUCUGCCAAGAUUUAUUCCUCCCUUUUUUCUUAUAAUCACCAAGAUUCCUUUCUUAAUGUGUCUUGAUUUAGGACAGUAGAGUUUUUAUAGUAAAGAUGUUAAUGGCUUGAUUUGUUGUUGUGAAAAGAAAUCAACGUUUCUGAGUAUCUAAAUUGAUAUGGUCCAAAGGAUAUGCCUUUUACCAAAUUUUUUUCAACUAACACAGAAACAUAAUUAUUUUUCCACAGUAAAUAAAACAGAAUUUAAAACAAAAGGAUAUGCUUAUAGUUUAUUUUUUCUGAUAGAACAGAAAAUAGACGAAAAUUAAAAGUGUCGUCUCGUUUCAAUGGAGAAGGAACAUGUUCGAUGAGCAAUAAUAGAAAACACAGAACAUGUUCUUUGUUGGAACAGUUGUACCCACAUUGAUCGGAAUAAGCCAAUCAACGAGGUGCCUGAAUCCACGUAUACAGUAUCUAUCUCUAAAAGAUUUAUUUUCCUUAUAAAGAAAAUAUUUAAUAGUUAUGGGCCUGAAGAUUAUCGCCCCAUAUAUAUCUCACGCGUCGUCCUCGUCUUCUCCGUAUUACACUGAUUUAAUUCUCCUACCUAUCUCAACUUCCUACGUUUAUUCAUCAUUCAUGGGUUUGAAGGAGGAAUUCGAGGAGCACGCUGAGAAAGUGAAUACGCUCACCAAGUUGCCAUCGAACGAGGAUUUGCUCAUUCUCUACGGGCUCUACAAGCAAGCCAAGUUUGGGAAUGUGGACACCAGUCGUCCUGGAAUGUUCAGCAUGAAGGAGAGAGCCAAGUGGGAUGCUUGGAAGGCUGUUGAAGGGAAAUCAUCGGAAGAAGCCAUGAAUGACUAUAUCACUAAGGUCAAGCAACUCUUGGAAGAUGCUGCUUCCAGUGCUUGAACCUGAUGGAAUCAUAUGAUUGAUCAAUCCCUCCUCUGCAGUAACUUUAUCUUAAGCAAUCAAAUAACAUAGCAUAAGACUUGUUCUUGCUCUUGUGUUUCUAUCAUAUUAAAAUCUCUCUACUUUGUGACAUGGUUUGAUCUCUUAAAAGUGCUUGAUAUUGGUCUAAA